AGAUCUCUCUUCUGUGUCCGACUUGGAUCGAUAGUGUGGUGCUGUCAAAUACACGUUGUUUUUAACCGGAAUUAAAAGGAAAAUAAGCGAAAACUAAGCAAAAUGCCGCCGAAGAAGGUGCCUGAGCCAGAACGGAAGCCACUCAUUGGUAGGGUUGGAACCAACCUCAGGGUUGGCAUUGUGGGUGUACCCAAUGUUGGAAAAUCCACCUUCUUCAACGUCCUCACCAAGAGCGCCGUAGCCGCUGAGAACUUCCCCUUCUGCACCAUUGAUCCUAAUGAAAGUCGUGUUCCAGUCCCGGAUACCAGAUACGAUUAUCUCUGUGAUUACUUCAAGCCAGCUAGCAAAGUGCCCGCAUUCCUGAACGUCGUCGACAUCGCCGGUUUGGUGAAGGGAGCCUCAGAAGGGCAGGGAUUAGGAAACGCUUUCCUCUCGCACAUCAGCGCCUGCGAUACCCUCUUCCAUCUGUGCCGUGCUUUUGAAGACGAUGAUGUAACGCACGUCGAGGGCGAGGUGGAUCCCAUCAGGGAUUUGGAGAUUAUCGGCGAAGAGCUGAGAUUGAAAGACGAGGACGCGCUGAUGAAGAAGUUGGAGAAUUUGGAGCGCACCGUCGUCCGCGGCAACGACAAGAAGAUGAAGCCCGAAUACGACACUCUGGUUAAAAUCAAAGGUGUCCUCGUUGAUGACAAGAAACACAUUCGUUUCCACGACUGGAAUGUCAAUGAAAUCGAGAUCCUCAACAAGCAUUUAUUCCUGACGUCGAAGCCGGCCAUCUAUUUGGUCAACCUCGCCGAGAAGGACUACAUCAAGAAGAAGAACAAAUGGUUGAUCAAGAUCAAGGAGUGGAUAGACAAGAACGAUCCUGGAUCCGUGCUCAUCCCGUUUUCGGGAGCGUUCGAGUUCAAGCUUUUAGAGAUGGAGGAAGACGAGAGGAAGAAGUACCUUGAGGAAACCAAGACGACCAGUGCUUUGGAUAAAAUUAUCGUUCAAGGAUACAAGGCCCUCCAAUUGGAGUACUUCUUCACCGCCGGCCACGACGAGGUCAAAGCAUGGAUCAUCCAAAAAGGAACGAAGGCCCCACAAGCCGCUGGUCGUAUCCACACCGAUUUCGAGAAAGGCUUCAUCAUGGCCGAAGUCAUGAAGUUCAUCGACUUCAAGGAGGAAGGAUCCGAAACCGCUGCUAAAGCCGCAGGAAAGUACAGGCAGCAAGGAAGGAACUACGUCGUCGAAGAUGGUGACAUCAUCUUCUUCAAGUUCAACGCCGGUGCGGGGUUAAAGGACAGCAAAAAGAAAUGAUUAAGGGUGCUCAUCUUCAUCCUCGUCUAUCUUUACAUCAACAUGAUAUUCUUUUUUCUAAGUGUUAACUGCUAAGUACACAGAAUAUUUGUUUUUUUUUCUACUUAUUUACUUAAUAUGAUUUGCUACCACCAACCACACACCUACCCGCCUUUUAAGAAUGGUUUAAUAAAAUAACUUCGAACUACAACAACAA